CUUUUGUCAAAUGAGAGACGCGGCGGGGCGGCCCCUCAGCCGCGGUUUAGCCAAUGGAGAAGGCGAGAUGGGCGGGCUGGGAGUGCCUGGCGGCGGGUCCUCAGCUCCCAGCCGCGGUGCAGUGAGCUGGUGGGGGGACCGCGAGGCGAGCGCGGAAUCCUGGGCGGCGAGCGGGGUGUGAGCUGCCUGAAAAUGCACUCGGAUGCCGCCGCUGUCAAUUUUCAGCUGAACUCUCAUCUCUCAACACUGGCAAAUAUUCAUAAGAUCUACCACACCCUUAAUAAGCUGAACCUAACAGAAGACAUUGGCCAAGACGAUCACCAAACAGGAAGUCUGCGGUCUUGCAGUUCUUCAGACUGCUUUAAUAAAGUGAUGCCACCAAGGAAAAAGAGAAGACCUGCCUCUGGAGAUGAUUUAUCUGCCAAGAAAAGUAGACAUGAUAGCAUGUAUAGAAAAUAUGAUUCAACUAGAAUAAAGACUGAAGAAGAAGCCUUUUCAAGUAAAAGGUGCUUAGAAUGGUUCUAUGAAUAUGCAGGAACUGAGGAUGUUGUAGGCCCCGAAGGCAUGGAGAAAUUUUGUGAAGACAUUGGUGUUGAACCAGAAAACGUAGUUAUGCUUGUCCUAGCUUGGAAAUUGGAUGCACAAAACAUGGGUUAUUUUACUCUACAGGAGUGGUUAAAAGGAAUGACUUCUCUCCAAUGUGAUACAACAGAAAAACUCAGAAAUACUUUGGAUUACUUAAGAUCAUUCUUAAAUGAUUCUACAAACUUUAAACUUAUUUACAGAUACGCGUUUGACUUUGCACGGGCCGAAGAUGGUGUUAGUGAUUGAGAGCUGCUGGCUGGCACCCUUGCAGAGCAGGAGUAAGUGAGUGCUGUUCAGCUUUCCAGUCCUUGUAUGUCCAUUGUGACGGGGACGUAGGCAUUGAUGAUGAUGAUGGAAGAAGGCACAAUAUAUAUCACAGCAAGACUAGAGAUUUGGGGUUUAGUGAAUGAUUACAAACUCGGCAAAGGGAAAACUUUUCCAGAGCGCCAGUGUCGUCAGCCCAGUGCUGCAUGAGCUGUUGUUCAACAAAUGGACUUUGGCCCAGUCCUGUGGUGCCGCAUGUGUUUCUCGACAGUUUACUCGUUUAUCUUGUGGAUUGCUUCAUAGUAUGGUGUGCCGUUGCCAUCUGCCACACCUAUGUUACAGGGAAAAGGACCAGCGCAGCCUAGACAUAAACACUGCCAAGUGCAUGUUGGGACUGUUAUUAGGAAAAAUCUGGCCCCUUUUUCCAGUUUUUCACCAAUUCUUAGAGCAAUCAAAAUACAAAGUUAUUAAUAAAGACCAGUGGUGCAAUGUCCUAGAGUUUAGCAGAACAAUUAAUCUUGACCUCAGCAACUAUGAUGAAGAUGGAGCAUGGCCAGUUUUGUUGGACGAGUUUGUGGAGUGGUAUAAAGACAAACAGAUGUCCUAGGACUUUAUGCAUAGCAGCGAGAGAGUCACUGUUACCACAGUUAUGUCACCCAUUAGCCAUAAAUUGCUGUUUGUAUCAAAGCGCAUGCUGCUUUUCUUGCACUGUUUCCCUUUCGCAGGAACAUGUUGGUGUUUGCUAGUGAAUUGGCCAGCUCUGCUUGCUGUGUGGCAUUGUUCUCUUCGAAGGCUGCUUUGCAGUUUGUAUUUACACUACAGAUUGGUGAAUUUGCCAAUGUCCUCACUGUGAUUAUGUGUAUAUUGCUGUUUAAAUUUUGUAUAUGUGUAUAAAAGGAAAAAUCUUCACCUAGAGAUUAUUUCUGAAAAAUGUAUUGUAAAAAUAAUUUUGUGGCAUUUCUAGUCCCUUUUUUGAAUGAACCAAUUAUACUUUAUUUGGUCUCCUAUGUAGCAUAUCAGAAAACACGACAAAACUGUUACCAUGAACAAACAUUGCCAGAAUUAACCUUACUGUUUAAGAGGCCAACUUCUGGAAGGAGUGGUGGCUGGCCUAGGCAGAUUUGGAUCUGUGAAGAAUUGAUUCAUUUUCAAAAUCAUUCCAUAAAGUGAAAAAAUUACACAGUUCUUUAAAUUUGAUCAACUGUAGCUUUAUUUAAAGCAAAUGUAAAUCAUAGAUGGAGUUAUUUUAAACAUUAUGUUAGAAUAUAGAUUUUUUUUUAAAAUGCUAAUAAGCACAGUUAAUUCUAAAAUGAUAGGAUUGUUACAAGAGGGAGAUGUUACAGUUAAUCCACAAUCAACAUGUUGAUGGUAGGGAAAAAACUGUGUAAAAACUAUUGUAUUAUGUAUGAUAAGAAAGUAAGUAUUCUAAAGGGAUAAUCUUGCAUAUUAAGAAAACUCCAAAUAAUAUUUAAAUUGCCUUGAAAAGUAAACCUCUGUGACCGCUGAGUGGCAGAGUGCUUACCCUUGGUUUUCUUGAUUUUAUAUAGUUAUUUCUAAGGGGAGAAAAAGGGGUCAGAGUAAUACAAUACAUUUUCUUAAAAACCUCUCUUAAGUUGCACAAAAUUGAACAAUCAUCAAGCACUUAUUUACUGGCUACUGUUGAAUAAAUUAGGGUGCCUUCAUCUGGGUUUUCUUUAGUACCUAAGUCUACAACCCUUUCUCUUUUUCUAUUGUGUUUUGAACUCCACAUUGCAAUACUCUGUUGUCAUGGAAUACAACCUUUAGAUGUUUGCUGCUGAAGUAGGUCAGAAAUUUUAUUACUUGAUUUGCCCCAAACAUCCACUGUAAUGUUACAUGCACCUUUUUUGAAGCAUGAACUCUGAAUUACGUUUUUAUAAAUCUGACUAGACAAACCUAGAUUCUGGUUUCACAAUAGAUUUAUUUUGUCUCUCACUCUCCAUUUUAACAGUGCUUUUGAAGUUUAUACAGAAAGCUUUAAAAGUUAGUUUGUACCCUUAGUUUUUAUUAUUACAACUGCUAAAAUACCUCUGUAAGCCUUAUCCUUUAUUCCUUCAUAUGUUGUAUAAUAAAUGUAUACAUUUCAUUGACUAACUAAAAUGUUGGGUGUCUGUAAAUGAGACCAAAACGUGGGUUGCUUUUUUCAUAAAAUAAUUUGUAUUGGGUGUUACUGUUCAAUGACAGCAGGUAACCUAUAACUGUGAAUGCUUCAUAUCGUCAGUAUUUGCAUUACAUUCAUAAAAGUGUGCAAGUCCUGUGACUCCCAGCUUAUGCCACCUAAUUUGAGUAAAGCAAACUGGUUUUAGGUUUCAAUGAAAUUGAUGUAAAAUGAUAUCCCAUAAAUAAAAAGUAUUUGUGUUUGGUUUCAGAA